CCGCCAGGAGACCACUUCAUGCCAGGCUGAAGGGCAAACCUUUCAAGUCCGCUCCGGGCCGUGAUGAUUUUCGCGUAAUGUCUGCCGAGGUGGGAAUCCAGAAGUUCUCCUUCCCCUUUACCCGCGCCACCCGACAAGACGAGGGACGCGUCCAUGUGAAAGCCCCGCCGCUGGCGGCGGCUGAGGCCGAAGACCAGCGCCCGGUGGCCAAGAGGCAGCUGUCGUCCGAGAGCGCGGCCGGGGGGAGUGCAGCGGCGGUCAAGAAAAGCGCCGUGAGGACCGAGGAGCCGAGGGGGGACCCCGGCACCAGGGUGGUAGUCAAGGGCCCGUCGGCCAAAAGGAAGAAGAGGAAAGAGCUCUUCGCCAGUACCGAUGUCUUCCACCGAGUGGACUCGCACGUCAUCAGAGCGGGGGCAGAGCUGAAGGAAAAAGGCGUUUCUGACGUAGCCGAUAUCGUCCGCGGCAUCGCCUGCGUUGCCGCCAGCCCGCUGGAAAAAAUCCGCGCCGUCUGGCUUUGGCUAUGUCACAACAUCGAGUACGACGUGAGCGGUUACAUGGGACGCUCGGAGAAGCUGUCCUCGCCGGAAGACGUCAUCGCUAGCGGUCGCGGCGUUUGUAGUGGUUACUCAGGGCUCUGCCUGGAAAUGUGCAGGCUGCUGGGCAUCCAGUGCCAAGAGGUGGCGGGCCACAGUAAGGGCAUCGGCUACCGCCAGGGCCAAUGUCUCAGGGAGGUGAAAUCCGAUCACCUGUGGAACGCCGUGUUCCUGGAGGGACAGUGGUUCCUCAUGGACGCCUGCUGGGGAGCCGGACGAGUGGACGUGGAACACCAGAGCUUUGUCAAAAGGUUGGAUGACUUCUAUUUCCUGACGGAGCCUGAGGAGUUCAUUGAGUCACAUUUCCCUGACGAGGAGAGGUGGCAGCUAUUGGAGAAGCCCAUCACCCUGGAGGACUUCCAGAGGCGAGUCUUCAAGACCUCGGCCUUCUUCCAAAUGGGGCUCAGCCUCAUCCGGCCUCUCCACUCCCACCUGUUUACCGAGCGAGGAGAGGCCAGUAUUUCCCUGGGUUUCUCCCAGCCCGUGGCCUUUACAUACGAAAUGACGCCGCAGCGAGACUUCCUCCACUGCGGCGCCCUGGAGCGGAAGGAGAGCGGCCCGACCUCCUCAGGCCUCCUGACGCUGUCCCGGCGCCGCAUGGACCUGCGGGUUCUGCCGCCCGCUGCCGGCGCCUAUGACCUGAGGCUGUACGCUCGGCCGGACAGCGCCAGCGGGUUACUGAGUUGGGUCUGCUCCUUCACGCUGGAGUGCUCGGAACCCCGGUCUGCCGAGGAGAUCCCCGAGAACCCCUACCUGUCGUGGGGGCUGCUGCCAGGGGUGAAGGCCAUGGGAGUGGUGGCAGCCGAACCAGGCGGCGAGGCGGCCGAAACGGAAGACGGGCGCCUGGAGCUACGCUUAAAGACGUCACGCUCGCUCAUGAUGCUGUGCGAAUUGGUCCACCCAAAGCUGGAGGCUGGCGUAACCAAGCGUUGCCUGGCGUGCCAGAUCCAACCAGACCUCCUCACCUGCAAUGUGGCGUGCCCGGCACCAGGCUCCUACCGCCUCUCAGUUUUUGUGCGGGAUUACGAGGAAACAGACGGCCGCUUUCAGAACGCUGCUAACUUCCUGCUGCGCUGCCGCGGGAGGACGGUAAGCCAGGACCAGCUCUUCCCGCCCGACUUGAGCUCGUGGUGCGGGCCGGGCACUCGCGCCUCUGAGGCCGGGCUGUGCGAGUUCAGCCACCAGGGGGCGCUAGUCAGCGCGCCGCAGGGCAAGUGCAACAUUACCUUCCGCAACCGGCGGGACCUGGAGUUGUACGCCACGCUAAACCGGGCGGAGGAGGGGCCAGCGUCGGCUUUCCCGCUGGCGCGACAUCUUUUCUCCACACACGUGGACGGCAAAGUGACGCUGAGCGCGUCUCUGCCGGGGCCUGGGACGUACCGGCUGGGGCUGUACGCCAGGAUUGCCCCCGGCGGUGACUUCAAGCCUGUGUGCGACUUUGUGCUGAGGAAUGUUUGCGAACGAAACAGACUCCCUUUUCCUCACGUCUACGCAGCCUGGAAGAAGGGCUGCGUUCUCUUGGAGCCCCGAGCGGGCCUGCUGGACGCCUCCUCCCGGCUGUGCUUCCGGGUCAAGGUCCCCGGGGCGCGCAGGGUCUGCGUGGUGGGCCGGGGGAGGACAGAGCUUCAGCUCAACAAGAGCCGGGUGUGGGAAGGCGAGGUGUCGGGCGAGGAGGGCGCGGCCCAGCUUAAGCUGGUCGCUGACUCCGGAGAUUCCGCCGACAUGGCCGUUCUGAUGACCUUUGACGUUCGAAAGACAGAAUAAAGUCUUUGGACUGAAUUUUGGACUAGAUUCUAGUCUGUACACAUAAUCCAAGAACUUUUAUUGUAUAUAAUAAGACUGACUCAAACAAUUAUUUUGAUUGUCGACUAAUUGCUUACGAUUUUUGCAAGAUGUGAACGUGAUCGUUCGUGUUAAAGGAAGAGGCUCAAUAAACAGGAAAUGCUCUAAAACCAACAUGAAAUCAUCCUAAAUGUACUGUAAGUGCCCACAGAAUGCCCCAAAAUGUACUAGAAAUGACCCCAAAUCAACAAGAAGUGACUCAGAAAUGCCCUAAAAUCAACAGUAAAUGACCAAUGUCCAAAAAGUGACCUGAAAAUGCAUGAAAUGAAAAAAAUAAAUUGAAUGCGUAUGAGACUUUACUUUGACGUUGAUCUUAUUUGUAAUAAACAUUGAAAUAAAGGUAACUGUGUUUGUGCUGCCUACUUUAUGCCCACUCAGGUCCACUGUAUGUCUUGUCAUGUCAACUUAAAGCAUUUAGCUGUGAUAAGCUCCAGCACCCCCGCGACCCUUGUUAGGAUAAGCGGUUCAGAAGAUUAAUGGAUGAAGGAAUUAUAUGAAUGUUAUGGAGAGUGAUUAUAAGUAUGGCGUUAAAGGUGAUGCAGUAAAAAAUGUCGGCGUGACUUCUUUGUGCUGGUGCACCUUCAGAAUUGUUAGGUGCAACCAGUGCAAAAAGUAAGUGUGGAGUCUUGGCAAUACACAUCGCAAUGUUAUUUUUUUCCAAUAUCAUUCAGGCCUAUCCCAAACAGAGCUAUUCAAGUUUUUGGGUGAAAAUUCUUCUUUGUUUUACAUCUUGACACUGUUUGUGUUCAAUCCUCGGUUCAGUUAUUGUUGCAGCUUUUUUGAAAGCUUAGGUUUUAGGAAAUUCUAAAUAUCCAUCUCCUCUGUUGUAGUUUUGGCUAAGCAAAGCAAAGGACUGUCUCUAAGGUGCUAGUUACGUGAUAUGUCCGAAAAAUCAUUUUGACCCAUUAUGAAAUUCCUUGUAGGAUUCUUGUUCAUUUCAUUUUUGAUGUUUGUUUUAUUGCUUUGCAACUUUUAUAGAUAACAUUUGAACGGUUAGGUCUUUAU